AAUUUUCGCUUUAUUCUUUGUUCUUACUUUCGUAAAAAUAUUCGAAAUUGCUCAACUUUUGUUUAAUAAGUUAAUUAUAAUAAAGUUAUUCAAUGAAUAUUAUGGACGAUUUAAAUCCUUUAGCUGGCACAGCACAUUUACUAGAAGAAGUUGACAAAAAAUUAAUGGUGUUACUGCGAGAUGGAAGAACAUUAAUUGGCUAUCUGCGCUCCGUGGAUCAAUUUGCUAAUUUGGUUUUACAUCGUACAAUAGAACGAAUUCACGUUGGAAAUGAAUAUGGAGACAUUCCUCGGGGUGUAUUUAUAAUACGCGGUGAAAACGUUGUACUGCUUGGUGAAAUAGAUCGUGAAAAAGAAACUAAGCUUCCGUUGAAGGAAAUAUCAGUAGAUGAAAUUUUAGAUGCUCAGCGACGCGAGCAAGAGCAACGUCAAGAAAAACAUAGAUUAAUAUCAAAGGCAUUGAAGGAGCGUGGUUUAGCUGUUAAUACCGAUAUUAUUAAUGAGGAUUUUUGUUGAACUUUAAACAUUCUAAAAUAUUUUAAUUAUUUGUAAUAAAUAAAAUUAUUCAUA